AUGAAAAAAGAUAUUCGGAAAACGUGCUGUACACUACUCUCUCAAUCGUCAUUGCCACGGAGAGCUCCGCUGCUGUCCACUUUCCAGCAGUGCUCGAUUCUACGACGAGCCAGUUCUAACUGUCCAGCAGAUGGAUACGUCUUCUGCGAUGCUGCUCCGGACACGAACCCGACAACAAUGCAAAUUGAAUUCUUUAAUUCAACCGGUUCCGUAGUGCGGACCAUUCAAAGAGAUGGCACAUCCCUUAACGCUCGGCACGAAGUAGAUUGA